AUGGACCAACCAUCCGCGCCUGCGCCAAAGCGCAAGGCCGUAGUUGUAGACACGGAGUCUGAUGUAGACAACCGCUCAAGUGCUAAGAAGCCGAAACCCAAUCAGAGCUACGUCGAGGAUGAUCAAGAUUCCUCCUCCAUGCUUGAGUCAGAAAGCGACGACGAUGAAGACGAGAUGAGUUUCAGCAACGACGGUGAAGAUGAGGACCUUGGAUUUGGAUUCUUGGACGAGGAUGAGGAAGAUGAAGAUGAAGGAGAAGACGAAGAUGACGAGGAGGAUAUGGAACGAGACGUCGAGGAGAGUCAACACGUGGUCCCAGGUAUUUGGUCCCCCAGGUAGCGUUACGCAUUUUCAAUACUGAUACCAGUCUAGGUUACCCUGAUAAGAUUUUCCAACUCAAAGUCUUCACCACCAAGCCUGUAGAAGAGCUCUUUAUCUUUGGUGGAGAUGGCGAACGCAAGAAGUGGCUUCUCGACUACCAUGCGCACAUAAAGUAUGAUGGCAAGGUCAUUGGCCAUGCACAUGCCAGACGUAUUUAUCGCGAGUUUGUGAGAGCCGAUUUCUGGCAAGAAAUGGAUGGAGUAAGCCAAGAUAUGUCAAACCUAGCGUACAAAAUCUUCAACCGAUAUGCAUGUUUGUUGGAGGAGCUUAAGUCGCAUCCUGUACGAAAGGGGUCUGGCGUUUGGGGUAACGAACUAGACUUCGGACCCAUCCUCCACUUUGAAUAUGUCCAUAUCUACCGAGAAGCAGCGGAAUUUCGAAGACUGGGUCUGGGAACUACCAUGGUAAAAGCGAUCAUUCAAAAAGUUCAGAAGAAGAUGGAGGACAACAAAAGCGACAAAGACUUGACACAGGAGCAGACAGAGAGCAAAGAAUUGUUUGAGGUGAUUCAAACCCCUCCACGAUUGACAUUUUCAUGAAUAUAUCAUUAACAUAAAACUGAACUCUCCGACUUUGUAGGGAACUUUUGGUGUCCCUGAUCCCAAAUUCUCCAAGUUGCACUGUCUAACACUUCCGGGAUGGCUGACUAGAGACCUUGAGCCGGAGCUCAAAGACAAAAACCCUUCUCAGGAAAAAGAGAUUUAUGUGAAGGCCGCAGAGACUGCUGAAGCCUUCUUCAAAUCUCUUGGAUUUCGGCGAGUCGGUGCUUCCAGUUGCUUAGCCUUCUCCUUGGAUCCGCAACAUCCGUCCCAUCUUAUUGCCCCUGUGGAUGAUUAUGAACCUUCAGAGGAUACUUUUGUUGAGGAAUUUACCGACGCCGAAAAAGCUGAGAUCAAAGCUGCAUUCAAAAAGCACGAGAAAGAGGAAGAGAUCUUUGUGAAGAAGCUUGCAACCAUACUACCCCUUCACCAUGCAGCAAUGACCCAAGCAGAUAUCGAUUGUGUCGAUACUUUCUCAAAGCAUCUUGCAAAGAACGGUGUUAACUCGACGGAUUGGAAAGCAGUUCAGAAAGGUGGCAACAAUCUGCUGCAUGUUGUAGCUUCAAAGCACAAACCACUCACUGCUACAUGGCUCAUGGAAAACAUUGCCGAUUCGGCUGGCUCAAGCACAGCACGAAAUGUGAAGGGAUACACUCCGUUCGAAAAUCUCAACAGCGAACUCGACGUCAAGCGGACCAGAGCUUAUCGUGGAAUGCGUUUGUGUGACGUGUCCGAUCAAUUUAUAGGUCAUCCAGAGGAGGCCGUACAGUGUCUAGCAGCACUAUUGAAACUCCCUCCGAUCAACAGUACGCUACCCUCGGUCACCGCCAAACGCAUGGUAGGUCAUCGUUCCAGGUUGAAGUCUGGAUGUGCCUGUGGUGAGUGUAUCGAAGGUUUCAUUUCACCGAGGAUGAAGGAGGCACUGGUCUAUCAAGCGGAAAUGACGCAAGAACUUACGAGCGAAUGGGUUGACGACGCGGAUAUGUGGUGGUUCGCUAUGAAAGACCAUAUCGAACAUGUUCCGGAGCCGAUUAAACAAAACUUCAAGACUAAUAAAUCUCUUCGUCAUGGCUUCGUCAAUACCUUUGAUCUAGUCGCAUCCUGCCUGAAGCGCAACAUGGCCCCGACGAGAACCAAUUUGAUCGCGGAAUUCGAAGAAUUAAGCGAGUGGCCUCCCGUCACAAGAAACUAUCUUCAAGUUAAAGGUACACUCGAGGGGAAAUUUGAGGCUGUCUUGCUGGAUAUUUUCAAGUCGGCUGAAGAUCAUGGCGAAAUGACCUGUGGCAGCAGUCCAUAUUUUCGAACAAUGUGUGGGGCUCCAGAUAUUGACAAUUUAAAAGCCUGCCGCAACGACGACGAGUUUUGCAUGGUUAUGGUUGCACUUGGUCUUCCAAAUCCCAAUCCAACGACGCCUUUCGAUUACAUCUUGGAGAACCAAGCGAUGGGACAUGUCGACUUUUCGUGGUACUAA